AUGCGCUAUCAGGUGAACGUCUACUUACCUUCACGGCAUGUGUUGGACUUUCCUCAGUAUGUUUCUCCAUGUAAAGAGGUGAGAUUGGCGAGCACCGAGGCUGAUAAGCGCCUGUCGGGUUUUGAUGUGGAAGUGAGCAUGAGGGCCGAUGUGUUUCAGAGACUUAUAGCCCUGCAGGAAAAACAAUCUGGUGAUUUAUUGCCUGAGUCGGAGAGAUUCCUGGGACGACUCAUAAAAUUAGGGAAACGGAAUGGAUUGCACUUGUCCAAGGAUAUACAAGAAGAAAUCAAGUCAAUCUCCAAGCAAAUUAGUGAACUCUCCAUUGACUUCAACCAAAAUUUGAAUGAGGAAAAUACAGUACUGUUGUUCUCGCAAGAAGAUCUCGUGGGUCUUGCAGAAAGCUACAUGAAUGGUCUUGAGAAAGCAGAAGAUGGGUGGUAUAAAGUCACCCUUGCGUAUCCGCACUACUUCCCCCUGAUGAAAAGAUGUCAUGUUCCCGAAACCAGGAGGAAGAUGGAGAUGGCCUUUCACAGCAGGUGCAAAGAUGUGAACACUGCUAUUCUUGAACAGCUGAUUGAGUUGCGGGCAAGGCUAGCCAAACUACUGGGCUUCAGCAGUCAUGCUAAUUACGUGCUGGAAAUGACCGUGGCCAAAAACUCUGAGAAUGUGGCUCGAUUUCUUGAUGAGUUGUAUAAGAGGUUGAGACCAGUUGGCGAGCAGGAGCGGCAUUACCUGCUGUCACUCAAACAUGCUGACUGUGAGAGGCGGGGCUUGGCGUUUGACGGACAGCUCCACGCGUGGGACAUGCCCUACUACAUGAACCAGGUGGAACAAGUGAAGUUUGCGGUGGAUAAGGACAAACUGAUCGAGUACUUCCCUCUGGAGGUGGUGACCGAGGGCCUGCUGAACAUCUAUCAGGAUCUGUUGGGUCUGAGGUUCCAGCGGGUGGAGGACGCUCUUGUGUGGCACGACAGCGUCAAACUCUACUCCGUACUGGACUCUGUGACUGGAGAGGAGAUCGGACAGUUUUACUUGGACUUGCAUCCCAGGGAGGGUAAGUAUGGUCAUGCUGCAUGCUUUGGGCUCCAGCCAGGAUGUCUCGGGCCUGAUGGGAAUCGUAGGAUGCCUGUAGCUGCUAUGGUGGCCAACUUCACAAAACCCACAAGCAGCUGGCCUUCCCUCCUGCAGCACCAUGAGGUGGAGACCUUCUUCCAUGAGUUUGGACAUGUCAUGCAUGAGCUCUGCUCCCGGACCCGCUACGCAGAGUUCAGUGGGACGCAGGUGGAGACUGAUUUUGUGGAGGUGCCGUCUCAAAUGCUGGAGAACUGGGUUUGGGAGAAGGAGCCGCUCAGGAAGAUGUCCCGCCACUACAAAGAUGGCAGCCCGAUCCCAGACAGUCUGCUGGAUAAACUCAUUGCAUCUAGAGUGGCCAACACAGGUCUGAUGAACCUCAGGCAGAUUGUUCUCAGUAAAGCUGACCAGACGCUCCACACUAAAGACAGAGCGGACACUGCAGCAGAGUUCGCCAAGCACAGCGAAGACAUCCUGGGAAUCCCAGCCACACCAGGCACAAAUAUGACGGCUAGUUUCAGUCAUUUAGCCGGAGGAUAUGACGGUCAGUACUACAGCUACCUCUGGAGUGAAGUCUACUCCAUGGACAUCUUCUUCAGUCGCUUCAAAAAGGAAGGAAUCUUGAAUCCAAAGGUGGGCAGGGAAUACAGGCGUGUGGUUCUGGAAGCAGGAGGUUCGGUGGAUGGCGUGGAUAUGUUGAAGACGUUCCUGGGUCGUGAACCCUGCCAGGAUGCGUUUUUUCAAUGUAAAGGACUCGCACAAACUAUUACAGAACAAAACUCGCAGUGACUUUGGACUGGAAAUGAACUUCUGAAUAUAUCGAUGUAACAAUGACACUUGCAUCAUUAGUUUUCUCUCUAAAUUCACUUACAGUGUUAUGUAGAAUGAAAUGUGAUGUAUAUGUUUUGUUUGUUAAGCUGUCUAAUUGUCAGUA